AACGCGCCGAUUGAUCAGCGUCGAGGUCGAGAUGUACCAGGCGAUCCCGUACAGCGCCGGCCGGCUGCCGGCGUGGCCGCGGCAGUUCGAGCCUGCCGAGGUCGACGGCGCGGCCGGUCUGGAGAGCAGGCGGGCAGGCGACGGCGGGGAGGCGGUGAGGAGGGCGGUGGCGGAGAGCCCGGUGCUGGUGAUGGGGAGGCGCGGGUGCUGCCUCAGCCACGUGGUGACGCGGCUGCUGCAGGGGCUCGGGGUGAACCCCGCAGUGCACGAGGUCGCCGACGAGGCAGAGCUCGCCGGGGCUGCCGGCGGCGAGGCCGUCGUCGCGCUGCCAGCGGUGUUCGUGGGCGGGAGGCUCCUCGGCGGGCUCGAUCGGCUCAUGGCCGUGCACAUCUCCGGCGAGCUCGUGCCCAUACUCAAGGACGCCGGCGCGCUCUGGCUCUGAGACAUAUGUAUACGUAGACGUAGUACGUACAACCGUUUGAUUAGGAGUUAGUACAACCAGUAAUCUCUUCUCCUUCUUUUCAUUUCUCCUUUUAACUCGUGAGGUCAUGUGAAUUACUACUGCUCGACCUUCCUCUCUUGCUUGGGAUCAAUCAGUAAUAGUGAUGCUAUUAGGGUUUAAAUUCUUUUAAGUCAAUUCAGUUUCGACCACACGCCUGUAAAUAGACCGAUGAGUGAAGGUAGAUGUACUGUACUGGAGUAUUUAGCACUGUAUGUGAAUGAUGUUCGUUCC